UUAAAAAAUUUUAAUUAGCUUUUUAUGCUUUACAAAAUUAUUUUUUUUAUUUUCUUGUUCUUUUUUACAAUUUUUUUAGUUUGUUUUUUGAUAAUUUUUAAACACCUAUUUUUAAGCACCACUUUCAUCGUGUUUCCUUCCCUUGCCCCUGCACAUCUCAAUUUUCAAGUUUUUUAAUUUUUUAAUUAGCUUUUUAUGCUUCACAAAAUUAAUUUUUUUGCUGAUUUUAAUUUUGUUUUUUUUUUGUUCCUUUUACUAUUUUUUGUUUGUUUCUUAAUAAUUUUUAAACACCUACUAUCAUAAAUUAAUUAAAAUGUUCUUUGAUGGCUGUAUGUGAUAGUUUGAAUUGGUUGUUUAUUAGAGUUAAUAAUUAUUGACAAUUUAGUUGAAUUUAAUCAUUAAAAUUUGCUUAAUUUUGUUCAAAUUGGUGUUUUGGAAAGGUUAAAUAGAACAAUGUAUUUCAAUUAUCCUUUUAGCUCUACAAAAGUAAAUUAGAUUAUCAUUUGACGGUUGUAUGUAAUAGCUGAAUUGGUUGUUGAUUAGAGUUGAUAAUUUUGAAAAUUCAAUUGAGAGGUUAAAUUGAACAAAUUGAGGGGUUUAGUGCUCGAGAAAUCUCGCUUUGUGAACUGUUAUGCCGUUGAAAUUUUUUUAAAUUUCAAAUUAUAAAUUAUUUGUUGAAAUUUGAAAUAGGUAAUGAUGAACCAUAGUUGGAUAGAUGCUUUACGAGCAAGUGAUGAAUAUGAGAUGGGAGUAGAUCACUUUUUGGAAUUUGCAAAGAAUAAUGUUCUUAGUAAUAAAGGAUUAUUUUAUUGUCCUUGUGUUAAACGCUUGAAUGGGUUGCGACAAAGUCCUGUAGAGAUUAAGGAUCACCUAAUUUGUUUUGGGUUAUACAAAGCAUAUAGACAGUGGGUAUUGCAUAGUGAAUCUAGAAAACGUGGUAUGCCACAAGUUGAAAAUGAUGAUAUGAAUUUUGGUGAUCAAAUAGAGGAUAUCUUAUGUGAUAUGUUAUUAUAUUUUUUUACUACUAACUUUAUUUAUCUUAUUUGUUUUAGGAAAAAUAUGGAGAAUCUUGUCACCGACAAAUCAAGUUCUAAAAGAGGUAAAAGAGGGACCACACGACUUACUAAGUUGGCCCAAAUACAUGAAAAAAUUCAACUUAAUUUUGAUGACAAAGGCCAACCAAUUGAUAAGAAGAAAGGAAACAUUUUUAAGAGUUUUGUGGGUUUGGUAGCAUGUCAAAAAAUCAGCAUCUUAGAGGAAAAGUGGGAUGAUGUAAAUGAAAGUGAUAGAAAUGAUGUUUGGGAAUCUAUACUGAUUACUUAUGAUAUUAAGGAAACUCUAUUUUUAAAGGACAAGUGGCUAAAGUAUGCUAUGGACCGAUGGAGGGACUUUAAGUCCAAACUUAUUAGAAAAUAUGUGUUUCCUAAGAGUUGCAAUGAAAAUGAUAAUAGUGAUAAUGAUGUCAACAUGGAAAAACCUUGGGAGAAAUAUCCAUUCAUUGAUUAUGACAUGUGGAUGAAAUUUGUUCAUAGUAGACACGAUCCCAAAUUUUUGUAAAAAAGUCAAAAAGGGCAAGAGCAUCGAAAGAAAAAUGUAUACAACCAUACGAUGUCUCGGGAAGGGUAUGCAUAUAUUUAUGAUAUAAUGACUCAAGAAAAGUGGGAAGCUAAAAGACAAGCGGCAGGGGUUGAUAAUAUUGAAGAUGUUUCUCCUCCAUCUCCUGUUAAUCGUGCUCAAGCAUGGAGAGAGGAUGGAUGAAUAAAAAAGGAGAGUUUAUUUUCCCAGAGGCUAGAGAAGUGACUGAGAAAAUUGUAUGUAUCUUUACAGUCAAUAUCUUAA